AUGCACGACGAGGGUUUGAUUUCCUGCCCGAAACGGACGGGGUUGCCUCGAGGAGACGGACGGGGUUGCCUCGGGGCUCGAGUACAGAUGGCGGAAGCAGCCAAGUACGAGGCCGAGAGGAGUUUCGAAGAAUGCUCCGACGUCGCCAGGGAGGAGAUCAAGAGGUUCCACCGAGUGAGAUCCACCGAGUUGAAGACAGCCAUCGGGCAAUACGCGGAAACUCAAGUGAAGCUGGCUCGGGACACGUACGCGAUGGUCACGCAGGCCCUGGCCAGUUUCUCCCAGCUCCCGAUUCACUUCCCGUCUCAGAACUCUAGCUAAUUAGUUAUCGAUCCCCCGUGUUAUAUGUCCGCGUCCAUUCAUUACCGACAGUAUCUCGAAUCACUUCUAUGCCAGUUAUGACAAAGAUAUCGUGUGAUCCAUUCUCUGUUGCAUAUCAAAUGGGCAAAGCAAAGAAAGGGAAUAGUUUGGGAAUGUGUUUCUUUCCCUCAUAUCUUGAAGGGAGGUGGCAUUUGUGAUUUGGCCUUCAACUUAAGGCUUUCAAGGCUUUCAAUGGUAAUCUUCUAAUGUACCAGUGCUUGACGCUCUGGUGCAGGCAGUAGUAUACCAAAAAAAAAUUAUAAAUCACAUGACCUGGCUUUAAGGUCCAUUGGAGUGGAGUGAAGCCCGUAAUGCAUAGCUUUAAAAAAAGAAAAACAACAACUCGUCGGCCAGUCAUCCAUGUAUUGUACCCGUACCCUGGUAGCCGGUAGGUAAGCAGCACUUUGGAGGGAAAAAAUGCAUAGAUCCUUUUAAAUUCAUCAGUCCCAAAACUUUAGGUAGUGAUGACAUUCAGGUGCUCCCUAUGCAUGAAUGAGGAGUACAAGGCUUCUGCAAUAGGAAAUUUUCAUUCCAGUGGAAGGAGCACUUGCAUAUCAGUUCCUGAAAGUUUUGGAAUAGCUAUAACUAAUUAUAAGUAUUCUAAUUGAAAGGUAUAUUUUUGAACUAUACAUAUGUAGUCCUGUGAAAUACUGGAUGUGCAUGGGUGAACGCUAGGGU